GCAUUGUAGCACUUUUCAAAUGCUCUGAAACCACAAGGCUUAAGCAAACAAGCAUUGCUCCAAGAAGGACCUUUUAAGAUCUUUUGAGACAGAAAUUAGCCAUAUCCUAAUGUAACUUGCAUAUGGGUAGACUGAGACUUUCAGCUUGGAAGCAGCAGAACAGUAUUCUCAGAGUAUCAACAGCUUAGACACUACAAAUACCUGAGGCAAAGGGAGACUUUUACCAUGGAGUCCCAGGGAUUAACUCGCCAUCAGCUAUUUGUCAAAACCUUUAAACCAACGGACGCAACAAUAUUCAAGUCGAUGGAACAUUUUCCUGAAACCAUCACACACGCCACUUAUGUUCCACAACCUCUAUCAAAAUUUGUAAAACCUGGAGUUAAACAUUUAGAGGAAGGUUUUCCAACGAUAAAAGGAGAUCUACGCAAUUUCAACUUUACCUCCCAUUACAAAGAUGUUUAUAAGAAACAUCUUCUCCACCGUGUGCAGCCAGUUGGAAAGCAUUACUCCACCAUCAUUAUGGGUGAUCCUGGGAAACGUUCAGAAACAAAAACAGUCUACACAGCAUCAUACCCCUACCUCAAUCUCAGCAGUUAUCGCAGAGAGCCGAAGAAGAAAGAUAGUAAGGUGCUCAUCACGAGCGAUGUCUUUAAAGACUGCUGGACCUCAACCUUCAAAGAUGACUUUAAAGCCCACAAAAUUGACCUUCAGGGAACCUCCUCCAAGGACAUGACUCGUCUCCAGAGAGCUACUAGCGACUUUCAACCAAAAAUGAACAUCCAGUCGGUGGAAGAUAUUCCUAUAAGCAUGACACAAGCCAGCUUUAUUCCACAUCCACCAUCAAAACUGGUAAUACCCAAAGUCAGUCAUUUAGAAGAAGGUUUUCCAACAAUACAAGGAGAUCAACGCACUCUCAAGUUUCUCUCCGAAUACAAAGACACCUAUAGGAAGCAUCUUGUCCAACCAGUGGAGCUAGCUGAAAGGCAUUACUCCUCCGUCUGUAUGGGUAAUCCCGCAAAGGGUUCAGAAACACUGACAUCAUAUUCAAGUGCAUACCCUCAGAUCUCUGUCAACAGCCCAGUGAAGCCGAUAUAUCAGAAUGAGGUGAGACCUAGAUAUGACUACAAGGAGAGGUGGACCACCUGCAGAGAUGACUUUAAACCCCACACAGUUGAGCCUAUUGUCCUAUUAAAACAUCACCAGCGCACCAGCUCUCUGCCCUUUGGCACUAACAAGGAGCAAAGCGGAGAAAAUAUUCCUUUGACCACCAACAACAUCUUCUUCUCAAGUAACGGCUCACGGCCUCCAGUGUGUUUACCCGAUCCCGACUUGAUGACGAAAAGUAACGUGUAUUUUGGCCCAGAAAGUGAGUCAAAAGAAAGCUACAAACCGCAAGAAACUGAGCAGAACAUCCAACAGAAAGUAGAUCAACCCCAAAUAACUACCUAUCCAAAUAGUCACAUACUGACCGGACCAGAUUUGGGCCCAAAAAUCACCAUCACAAUGGCGGACUACAAGCCUAAGAAGAUCACCCGACAGCAGCCGUGUGAGUCGCAGAUAAAGACCAACUUCAAGUUCCCGCUGGGUGACAUGAAUUUCAGCACAACCCACAAGGAUGACUACAUUGUCAGACCGUUGUUCCCGCUGCCUACUCCGUACGACCAGCGCCACAGCCAAGUUAAGCUGAGAUGACUGUGAAUCACAGCAGGACUGCAGUUCCUAAUAAAUAUUUCUGAACAGUGUCAAUACA